AUGGCUGUACAAUUUUCUAGUGUUCUCCGUGCUGCUUUUUUGUCUUCAAAGAAAUCUAUUUCAAGAUCCUUAGAUGUGCCGAGAGGCUUCUUUGCUGUGUAUGUUGGCGAGACAGAGAAGAAGCGAUUUUUGGUUCCAAUAUCGUACCUGAACCAGCCUUCAUUUCAAGAUUUGCUCAAUAAAGCUGAAGAAGAAUUCGGAUUUGAUCAUCCAAUGGGCGGUUUGACAAUUCCUUGCACAGAGGAGAGUUUUAUCGAUGCCACUUCUAACUUGAGCAGAGCAUAA